AUGCAGAAUAUGUUACGAUCAAAGCCAAUCAAUACACUUUCUAGCACUGCUAGGAGCUUCUUCCUUGGUGGUACAAGAUGUAAUGCACCAGAUGCCAAUUCAUGCACGUGCCACGAAGACGAAACAUGUGUGUCAAUAAGACAACAGAGGAAGAACGAAGGUUUACUUGCGCCGAACCCAGCCUACAUAGUAUCGAAUACUCCAUCUCAAGUAGAAGGAAACCGGGAAAGUGGAACAGGUUCUCACAAGGUUCAGGGUGCUGGCAGUGUACAACAAGUUAGCUCUACUUCUUGCCGAUCAAGUAAAUCGGACUCUGUAAAAUAUGCUUCUGUGGCUGAUGAUUUUCAAAAUCAUGUUACACACUCACCGCCUCUUGAUAGUGAUCAGUUUUAUCGGGCUGGUAUUGCUGCGGUUAAUUUCAUUUCUGAUUUAGUUCAUAGUAAGCUUCCUUUAUCAGAUGGGAUGGGGAUACUAAGCUACUCUAAAAAUUGUAUGGUUGAACCCGUCUCGGCCAUUUGCAACAUCAGAUCUUCCAAUGUGAAACAAAUUAGAAAGGAGGACUUUACCAGUGUUCAUCCCAAACCACCUGUUUCUACUCAACCGGGGCCAUCAAACAAUGCAACUAGUUAUCAUGGUUCAAAGGGGAAAGGUGAUAAGUCAAAGAUAAGUAAAGGCUUUAAGCAUGUUGCUUCUUCAAUAACUGACGAAACCCUCAGUGUUCCUUUCAAUAAUCAUAACAGCAGACCCUUACCACCACAGAGGACGAGAACAUAUUCAAAUCGAUUUGUCACAAAAUUUGGUUCCAACAGGCCAACUUCAAACUCACAAAUGUUGGGUUCUUUCAACGAAAGCUUCAAUAAACACCACAGGGAUCUGAAAACAUCAGCAGGAAUUGCUUCAACAAAAACCCAUUAUACAAAGACAGGCCGCCGCGGUGUGGAAGUCGUUAAAGAUAUACUGCAACAGUUAAAGUGGGGUCCUGCUACAGAGGAGGCUCUUCAUGACCUAAAUUUUUCGAUAGAUGCAUAUCAAGGUAACCAAGUCUUAAAGCAACUUGAAGACCAUUCAGUUGCUCUAUAUUUCUUUUACUGGUUAAAGCGACAACCAGACUUCCGGCAUGAUGGGCAUACUUACACCACCAUGGUUGGUAUUCUGGGACGUGCAAGAGAGUUUGGUGCAAUAAACAAAUUGCUUGAACAGAUGGUCAUGGAUGGAUGUCAGCCUAAUGUUGUAACAUAUAAUCGUCUAAUUCACAGUUAUGGCCGUGCAAACUACCUAAAGGAAGCACUGAAUGUCUUCAAACAAAUGCAGGAGAAACGGUGUGAGCCUGAUCGUGUCACUUACUGCACACUUAUUGAUAUCCAUGCAAAAGCUGGGUUUCUUGAUGUGGCCAUGUCCAUGUAUGAAAGAAUGCAACAAGUUGGCCUUUCUCCUGACACGUUUACUUACAGUGUAAUGAUUAACUGUUUGGGUAAAUCUGGUAAUUUAGCUGCUGCUGACAGACUAUUUUGUGAAAUGGUUGAUCAGGGUUGUGUUCCUAAUAUUGUGACCUACAAUAUAAUGAUUGCUUUGCAAGCAAAGGCAAGGAAUUAUGAGACAGCAUUGAAACUAUAUCGUGACAUGCAGAACGCGGGAUUUAAACCUGACAAAGUUACAUAUAGCAUAGUAAUGGAGGUGCUUGGUCACUGUGGGUAUCUUGAGGAAGCAGAAGCAGUCUUUGUUGAGAUGAAGCAGAUGAAUUGGGUUCCAGAUGAACCUGUUUAUGGUCUUCUGGUAGACCUAUGGGGAAAGGCUGGUAAUGUUGAGAAGGCUUGGGAAUGGUACGGAGCAAUGCUCAGAGCUGGUCUACUUCCGAAUGUACCAACUUGCAAUUCACUUCUCAGUGCAUUUCUUAGGGUGCAUCGAUUGGCAGAUGCGUAUAAUCUUCUCCAGAGCAUGGUAGCUCUUGGUCUAAGCCCUUCUUUGCAGACAUAUACUUUGCUUCUCAGCUGUUGUACAGACGCACAAUCACAGUAUGAUAUGGGAUUUUGUUGUGAGCUGAUGAAAGUCAGUGGCCAUCCUGCUCAUGCAUUUUUACAGUCAAUGCCGGCUGCAGGGCCCGAUGGUCAAAAUGUGAGGGAUCAUGCAAGCAAAUUCUUGGACCUGAUGCAUUCAGAGGAUAGAGAGGGAAAACGAGGGCUUGUAGAUGCAGUUGUGGAUUUUCUUCACAAGUCUGGACUCAAAGAGGAGGCCGGUUCGGUUUGGGAGGUAGCUGCACAAAGAAAUGUAUAUCCAGAUGCUGUGAAGGAGAAAAGCUGUUGUUACUGGCUCAUUAAUCUUCAUGUCAUGUCAGAUGGAACAGCCGUAACAGCAUUGUCUAGGACACUAGCUGGGUUUCGCAAACAGAUGCUGAUAUCUGGGGUUAGCCCUAGCCGGAUAGAUAUCGUGACUGGAUGGGGCCGAAGGAGCAGGGUCACAGGUUCUUCUCUUGUUAGACAGUCAGUGCAUGAGCUGUUGCAUGUAUUCAGCUUCCCUUUUUUCACUGAAAAUGGAAAUUCAGGUUGUUUUGUAGGCUGUGGGGAGCCUCUUAGUCAAUGGUUGCUCCACCCUUGUGUUGAACGAAUGCAUUUACUCUAG